AUGGCCAUGAACUACUACUCCCGCAUCCGCUUCGCCCAACAACUGAUGCCCCUCCUCGAAGCCGCUGCGUCUGCGGGCGAACUCGCCCGCGUCACGAGCGUGCUAGCCGCUGGCAGCGAGCACGAGAUCCACACCGACGACCUCGACCUCAAGCACAACUACUCGCUGCACUGCUCGCUGGCGCACUGCGUGGUGAUGACCGACUUCGCGCUCGAGGAGCUCAGCAAACGGCAUCCAGCCGUCACCUUCAUGCACUGCUGCAAGUGGCCCCCAUCAUCAUCAUCCUCGGCCAAGGUGAACCAACUCACCGGCCCGAUCCGCCUCGCCGCAAAAAUCUUCUACAGCCUCAUGACGCCCUGGAUCCUGGACGUCAGCGAGAGCGGCGAGCGACACCUCUUCCAGGUAACCAGCUGCGCGUACCGCUCGCCCUUGAACGGGGCCGGCGUGCCGCUGGCCGAUGGGCUGGAGGUCAUGAUGGCUUCGACGGGGGAACGGGGCGGGGGUGUGUAUUUGCUGGACUGGGAUAGCGAUCCCUUGGACCAGAAAGGGAUUAUGGAACGCUAUCGGGAAGAGGGGCUACCGCAGAAGGUCUGGGAGCAUACGAUGGAGACGUUUGGGAGGGCGAGUAAGAAAAGGACGCUUGCGGUUGCCGAGAUGUUGUCGUGA